GUCAGGGAGAAGUAAUGGAAGCUCUGAUGGGGCCAGAUCGAUACCAAUGGACUAGUAUGAACUAUGAAGAUCGACUCAAAGCAGCUAUGGACUUUAUCCGCCUUUGUGUGAAACACGGAGGGGGAGACAGCCCAAAUCAAGGCCAUGUCCCACCUCCUCUUGAUCCAUACACUAAAGCUUCUGUGACCUCUGUGACCAGACCCACGCUUCCUGUGAUGAUCAGACGUCUUCAGACAGAACCCACUUUGCAACCAGAGAUCUCUGAGGAGCCUGGAGUUCCUAGGAAACUUGUGAUGAAAAGGAAGGUUCUCAGGCGAAGACCCAAUGGAGAAAUACUGGUGUCAGAUGAAUCAAUUACCAGUGAACCCGAGUCCAGCAAUCUAAGUGACCCUGAGUAUGGGGAUUUGAGUCAAAGAAGCUACUGUCAGAGUACUGAGCAGGAAGAGUCUGAGGAGGAAUGUGAGCCAAAGAGUUCCCCUGAGUCUGAGGCUGCUUAUUCCUGGCGAUCUACAGAAGAGAGCCAGAGCUCUCAAAGAGAGAGUCAGUGCCAAAGUAAUCCAUCAUCUGAGCAGGACUUGAUCAUUACUGGCCACCCAAAGUCCUUCAUAUUACCAAGAUUAGAGCACCUAAGCCGAAACAGAAUGAAGACUGACCGGGUAGCUCGUUAUUUGGAGCAUAAGCAUGACUGGGAGUCACUACGGCUCCCAGGAGAAGAUUCCAGGAAAAGUGUGCGGUGGAGCAUCCGGGAACAAAUGCUGUAUAAGACGGAGUUUCCUCCUAGGUCUCAGCACAUUUAUAUACCCAACAAUUACCUGGUGCCUACCGAGAAGAAGAGAUCUGCCCUGCGAUGGAGAAUACGCUGUGACCUGGCAAAUGGAGUUGUGCCCAGAAAUUCUUACUCAUCCUAGAAAUCCAGAAUCCUUACAGCUAAAUUCACAACAGUGUGU